UUUUAAUAACCCAUCUUACACAUCGCUCAUUCUUGUAGCUGUAUAUAUGCAUUGAGUUGAGGUUAUUUGUUUGAAAAUUUGGCAAAAUUUUCAAUGAACCAUUAAUUAUGAAACAACCAAAAACAUCUGGAUCUAGUUCAUGGUGUGGUCUUAGAUGGAGAUCAAUCAUUGAGCCAAGCAUUAUCGGGAAACACAUGUGUCGUAAUCGAUUUUCUUCGUUGGAAAUGAUACAUGCCAGCGACAAUUACUCAGAAGAAUCGAGUGAUGUCGAGAUACUACGUAUGUAACAAAAUACACAAGUGGCCUUUUAUUUUGUGACAAUACAUUGAACAAUGUAUCAUCGGUCGCAUAGAUAAAACAGAAAAAGCAAUUGUAAAACAAAAUAUAAGACAAAAUAAAACACGUAUCGUAAUUCUUAAACUAGCUCUAAUAAUAUAACAAAGUGCUCAUCAAUAGAAGGUAUUUAAAAUGAUUACAAAUGAUUUUUUUUGAAAACCUACAACUAGAGUUAUUUGUUAAUUAGUGACAUUGAUAACAUACAAUUUAAACAACUGCAUAUAUACUAAGAUUAGCUCAAAAAUGGACGAAAUGUUCGAUAAUCAACGAUUUAAUAUGCACAUACUACCGACUAUUCAUCGAUUCAUCAAUGAACUAGUGCUGAAGUUAAAAAAUGUAGCACAAAGAUUAAGAAAAGGCAAAAGACAGCAGAAAAAGAAGAAAAUUGCAACAUCAAAUGCUAUGAUUGGUCUCAAGAUUGCAUCCAAUGAUGAAGAAAUGAGAAAAAAUUUGAAUGACAAUGAUAUCACUGAAAAAGAUGAUAACGAUGAUGAACAACUUCUGAUGGCCAGUGGUAUCAGUUACAGACAACUAAUAAUCAAAACAUUAAAACUUAUUAGUUACAUUUAUCGAUCAUCAGAUGUAGCUUACAAAAAUACCGAGUUAAUCAUGGAAAAUGGAACCAUUGAUUUUUUGCUAUUGAAAAAAAUAUCUGUGCCUUUAAUAGAUCAAUUAUUUAAUUUAUAUCACUCAUUCGGCAACAAAUUUUUCUUUAUAAGUCGUCGGAAAAAGGUAUCAGAAGAUAUGCGUCAAGUGAUGAGUCAUUCUACUAUUGCUAUGAAUUUUUUAUUCAGACUUAUUUUUGAAAUUUCACCUUGUGCAUUGAUCACAGUUUUAUUUAUGUACAUUCAAAAUGAUGAUUAUGCUAAAUCAUGUUGUUCAAUUUUACGAGAACAUUUAAUUCCAUAUGUGACUAAAUGUAGUCGUUUACGCCAUGAACAAUUAGUUUAUGAAAUGCGAUUGAGACAAAUGAUUAUGGAUAAAGACUAUAUGCAACUUUUUGAUAUUUUAAGAUUAGAUAUUGAACGUGUCAUUUAUCGUAAAUUUCCAUUAUCCUUCAAUAUCAAUAGCAAUUUAAAAUCAUUGUAUAUUUCUAAAUUUCAUAUGUACAAAAGAAAUACCAAAAGUAUUCAUUAUUAUGAAAGUGAUGAAGCAGUUCAAUUAAUAGCUAAGAAGGGAAAAAAUUAUACUAUUAUUGUUUUUGUAAAAGGUAUGUGUAAUUUUGUAUUUGACGUGAUAGAAUUACAUAAGGAAAAUUUGGAAGAUAAAAGUUGGGCAGAACGUUUAGAAUUAUAUAAACCAUAUCGUAUUGAACAUUGUCAGGAAAUUAUUAAAGUCACUGAAAUUCAUGAAUCCGAAUUAGAUGUAUUAGCUCGACGACCAACUUAUAUUUAUAUAAAAACUUGUGGUUUUGGUUUGGGAACCUUUUUCGAAACUUUUCAUAAAUAUGAAAAAAAGGGCCGACGUACUCCUCUAACAACAAAGUUACCACGUGAUAAUACAUCCAUAAUGCUUCAUGAUAAUUUAGAGAAACCGAAACUCCAAGCAAAAAAUGUUGAACAUGAUUAUGUUAUAGUAGAUCAAUUGUGAACAUUAUUUUUUUUAUUCCUUUUAAUAAUAAUGAAAACAACUUAAUUUUCAACAAUAUAU